GGAGAGGCUAGUUCUCUGCGGCUUUCUCCGUCUUUCCCGCCAUGUCGUUUGUGGAGUCUGGGUGGCGCUCGGUUUCGCGGCGCCGCCGCCCCGGCACGCCUGCCCCUUUCGCCCGCCCGGUGUAUUCUUCCGUCGCUCAGGGGAACAGUCGGGGUGAAGGCGAAGUCGACGAAGAGGAGAGAUGUGACCAAGUGGCCCGCGACUUGCGGGCGGAGUUCUCCGCUGGGGCGUCCUCGGAGCGCAGAACGGGCUCGCUGAUCCCGCCGGACGGCGACGGGUCGCCGGUCCUGCCCGAUAAACGCAAUGGCUUCUUUCCGGCGGCCGCGGGGAGCCGAGCCCAGGGUCGGCGGUGGCCAGUCCAGGUCCUCUCUAUUCUCUGUUCGCUGCUCUUCGCCAUCCUUCUGGCCUUCCUCCUCGCCAUCGCCUACCUGAUCGUUAAAGAGUUGCAUGCUGAGAAUUUGAAAAAUGAAGAUGAUAUUGACACUGGGCUAUUAGGAUUCUGGACUCUACUUAUAAUAUCCCUAACUGCCGGAUUCUCCUGUUGCAGCUUUUCUUGGACUGUGACUUAUUUUGAUUCUUUUGAACCAGGAAUGUUUCCUCCUACUCCUUUUUCACCUGCCAGAUUCAAGAAACUGACUGGACAUUCUUUCCACACGGGCUAUAGCAUGGCGAUUUUGAAUGGCAUUGUAGCUGCUCUUACUGUAGCAUGGUGCCUCAUGUAAACUCACACUGGAGCAAUAUUGUUGACAAAACUUAAUCAUGAUUGUUUUGUAAUAACAGGAAAUAACAUCUUACGUAAUUCAGAAGACAAGAAACCUGUUGUUCAUUGUGUGGUUCAGAUAUGUGUCAUUACCAUCAUUAUGGAGGACCUUUUAAAGCAUUAUUCUAGAGUCUAGGCAUUGGGAAUAACUGAUUAUUAAGUUUUAAGUACUUUCUUAAAAGUAUAAGAUGUUUACCCCUUCUUUUUACUUAUGUGUAUGUAGUUCUUAAAGUUGUAGAAAACAUAUUCAUGGAAGUCAAACUCAAAACUUGAAGACAGGACAAUGCCUACCUUUCCAUGUAUGUACUGCAUUUCUUGCUAAGGUAAACUGAUAUUACUGUUUAGAUAGAAAUAUUUCCUAUUUGUACAUUAGGAAAGUAAAUAAUACUUACUGUUCCAACAUUUUAUAGAAACUACUUUUAAAUUAAAUCAAUAUGUAGUUUUCUAUAUACAUAUAAUUAAUAGAAGGUGCAUUUAUAUUUUUAAUGGGACAUAGUUCCUUAUGUGUGUGUGUUUUUUUUUUUUACAUAUUUUCCUACUACAUAUUGAAUGUGUAUGUUUUUAAAAUUAUGACUUCUAGACAACUGUAUACAUUAUUUUUUUAGCUGGUGCAAACCUAAUACCUGCCAUUUUUGCUAAGUUUUUUGUCUUAAAAAAAAAAAGCAAAAAAGCACACUGACCUAAAUUUAAAAUCAAGUAAAGUUUAUUUUUAACAAAAAGUUACUGUAAAAAAGGUAAAUGACUUAAGUCAUUAAGAUAUUGAGAAAUUUGAAGCUGUUCACUAUUUCUGUUUCCACAAUUCCAAAUAUUUAUAUUGGUGUAUAUAUUGUUCACUUAUAGAACUUACAUUAUUUUGUUUUUAAUAAAUAUUAACCUGAAAUUUUUGUAUGUAGAAAUGCUUGAA